AUGAAUAUUAAAUAAUUAGCUACAAAUUUCGAUGUUCUCUAUCGAAGAGUAAAUGACAGAAGCAAAGUAACAGAAGUUAUGUUGGGACAGCUUUUCGAGCGAUCUGAAGCUGAAGAAAAGUAUCACAAGGCUUUGGAGAAAAUAAGUGGAUAAAUGCAAAAUUGUGGAGGAGACAUUGAUGAUUUAGUGAGAGGAGUGAAAGUAGAUCUGAAUUAAAGGGCCCAGUACUAUAAGGUAUGUGGGUAUUUGUAACUAAGCAAUUCAAUUAAUCGUACAAGCAUGAUGUAGAGUAAGCGAUCAAUGAGCUUAGAUAAAUCCAAAGUUAAUUCAAACCAUUGAUUCAAGAUGUAUUAAAAAUGGAUAAGGAAAUCAAAAUAUCUUGUGAUAAGUAUGAUCGUCAGAAAGAGAAGACAGUAAGAGCCUCAAAAGAAUAUGAGGAGUCAGCUAUUACAUUAGAGGCAUUGUGUUGGAACAAAGAGUGCAACUUAGAAUAGAGAUCAAAAGCAUAACAUAGACUAAAUUCAUAAUUAUAAUACAAAUAAGAGAAUGAAUCUGCUUUAAGAUAAGCAGCAUCAAUUUAUAAUUAAGCUGUUCAAUCAUAUUGCACUUCUUUAUAGAAUGGCAUAUAAUAGCUGACUACAUCAUAUAAUCAAAUAUUUUCAAUAGCUAAAGUAUAUUAAUAUUGUAAUUAGGAUAUUGUAAUGAAGAUAUUAGUUUAUGAAAUAUCCAAAACUAGGAAUCUUUAAUAUGAUAGCGAAUAAUUCUUUAAGCAGGCAGAAAUUUAUUUGGAUCCCUAAAAUGACCCUAUUGCACCAGGACCCUCUAGUUAAAUAGGAAUUUCUAAAGAGAAUUAUUUAAAAGUUAAUUCUUAAUUAAAUUCUUCAUUUUUAAGGAGUAUAGCAGAUUAAAUCUCUCUUAAUCACAGAUUAAAUAUUAAAAGAGAAACGACUGCUUCUUCUGCUUAAGUAGAAAAUAUAGAUUCCUUUGAUAUCUUCUUAGUGAAUUAGGAAUUUAUUGAUGAUUUGAAAGGAGUAACAAUCAAAUUAAUUGGAAAAGUAAAUAACAAAAAUAAACCAAAAAAUGCUGACGAAUAACCAGCUGGGGUUCAAUAAAUGGUAAAUAAAUAUAAAGAUUAAUAUGGUGAAUAAUCGCUUAUAAGCAUUUAUUGUUUUAUAAAACAUGUGAUAUAAUAGACUUAAGAGUAGUAAAUAAAAGGUUGGAAGAAUAUACCUGAAUUACAAAAGAAAAAUUUAGAUGAAAUUUUUGAUCAAAAAUUCUUUAGAGAAUUAGGAUGCAUCAUCCUUGAAUCAUUUCGAUAAGCAGGGUAAAAUAAUAGGUUAAUUUCUCUUUAGGUGCUCCAAUUUAAGUUCUCAUGGAUUCAAAAAUAUGCAUUUAUUCACUCAAAAACUGUUAGAGAUAUCAUAAAAAGAGGGGGAAUUAAUUUUAGUUAAAAGGAUUAUUACUAUGAUAUCAACAAUCUACACAAUAGAUGAACAUGAAAAACGAUUUUUCUUACAAGAUAGUCUAAUUUCUAUGCAAAUUUGGAGAUAAAUUGAUUUAUGGGAGGGAUUAAUUUAUACAACAAUUGAGUCAGAAAUAGAUAAAUCUGCAAUGAAAGAUACUGUUUAGUUUUCAAAUGAGCAAAUAUUUAAGGAUAAAAAUGUAAUAUAUUCUAAUUUAUUGACUCUGACACUCAAUAUGAUCAAUUUUAAGUAAUAUAAAAUAUUAAAAAAUAGAGUCGAUAAAUAAGAGAUUAAGAAUAUCUUGGUGAAGUAUGCAAGAGUAUUUUAGCUUUAUGAUCUAUAGGCUCAGGAACUUAUUAAAUUUGCUGAAAAUGAUGGGAAAAUUGAGCCAAAUCAAAAAAUUAAUUCCUUAUCUGUUCUUCAAUCAUUAUAUUAUUAACCUUAAUCUAUUUAAAAUUAAUAAGGAAAUAUUGUUUAAAAAAAAGUAGUUAUAUUUGAUAAGAAAAACCCUUUGACAGCUAGCCCUAAUAUUAAUGUUUAAAAGAUAAGUGGAAAUUAAGUUUCAUUAGGUUCAGAAACUCUGCCUAGAGAAGUAAUUCAAUCUCAAGCUUAAGUUUAAUCAAAUAAUACAUAAUAAUAAGCAACGUCUUCUUAAUAAUAGCAAAUAUCUAUAAUUUAAUAGGCAAGAGAAUAAUAAUAAUAAUAAUAAUAAUAAUAAUAAUAAUAAUAAUAAUAAUAAUAAUAAUAAUAAUAAUAAUAAUAAUACUAAAAGACUUCUUAAAAUUCACCAACUAUUUAAUAAUUAUAACCAACCUCUCCAUAAAUUUAAUAAUAAUAAUCAACAUAAUAGGAAUAAGAAUAACCAAAAAUUAGAUAUAACUAGCAUCCUUUAGAAGCACCUAAAGCUAAUUUCCUAAAAAAGUUGCCAUGA